AUGGGCUUUUCUUGUUUCCCCUUCAAACCUGCUCCCCUCCAUCCCAUUCGUUUUUCUGUGCUUAGACUGAACUGUGUCAACAAACAAAAUGCAUUACAUAAAAACACCUGUCUUUCCAUACUAGCUCAGGAGUGCUCUCCUGGGGGACAUCAGUUUCUUCAGAGUCCUUAUAGAAGUGUCCAUUUUGACUCGUGGCACCUCCAGCAGUCAGCUGUUCAAGACCUAAUAUGUGACCAUUCCCUCUCCCCCGGAUGGUAUAGAUUUCUCAUCUUUGACAGACCUGCUGAGAUGCCAACCAAAUGUGUUGAGAUGAACCACUGUGGAACUCAGGCCCCCAUCUGGCUGUCUCUGAGAGAUUCAGAAACACUGCCAUCUCCUGGGGAGAUCAAGCAAUUGACAGCUUGUGCAACAUGGCAGUUUUUGUUUAGCACUACAAAAGACUGCUGUCUCUUUCAAAUCCCAGUGUCUGUAAGAAACUGUGGGAACUUUUUUGUAUACUUACUACAGCCAACUCAGGGAUGUAUGGGCUAUUGUGCAGAAGGUAAGAAAACAUCAGUAAUUCACAUGACUGUUACUCAUGAACCCUGCCAUUUGUACCAUUCUCUGGAUAGGUUGCACGGAGUCAGUGCAAAUCUCAGUAAGACUCGUUCUAUCAUUAUUGUUAGAUUGAAGCUAAAUUUCUGUUUACGUUGGUCAGAUUUCUUUAGGAUUCUUUGCCAAGAUUGCAAAGUACCCCCAAACAUUUGAUGUGAAAGCAUCAAAGCAGACAUCUCACAUUUUUUCCCCUGGACAUAAUGAUCGAGUGUGUUAAAAAUUCUUUGGUUUCCUCAAGUCCAUUCCUCUUUUA